AUGUCUCUGUUGAAGUGUUAUGUACUUACCAGCCAUUGCAGUAAACUUGCCAUUCAGUGCUGUGUUAUUAGUGGAAUUGAUAGGAUAAUGUUGCGUGUGACUGAUAGUUCUGUUUUGAGCAGCUAUGAUAGCAAGGAAAUUGCUUUGAAUUGUGGAAAUAUGUUGAGGGACUGCGUCAAAUUUCCUGAUUUUUUGGAGUCUGCGAGCUUUGAGUUGUUCUUUAAAUUUGUGGAGUUGCCUACUUUUGAUGUUGCUUCAGAUGCGUUUUCUACCUUUAAGGAUCUGCUUACUAAACACGAUACGAUGGUCUCUGAAUAUUUGACUGCUCAUUAUGAUGGGUUCUUUAAUUUAUAUGAGAAUCUCUUGACUUCUGCUAAUAAUGUGACAAGAAGGCAAUCCUUAAAGCUUCUCUCGGAUUUUCUUUUGGAGCCUCCAAAUUCCCAUAUAAUGAAGCGCUACAUUUUAGAAGUUCGGUACUUGAAAGUCAUGAUGACAUUGCUAAAGGAUUCAAGCAAAACUAUCCAGAUGUCUGCUUUCCACAUUUUCAAGGUUUUUGUUGCUAAUCCUAACAAGCCACGAGAAGUAAAGGUUAUUCUGGCAAAAAACCAUGAGAAAUUGCUGGAAUUGCUUCACAAUCUCUCUCCUGGAAAAGGUGCUGAAGAUGAGCAAUUUGAGGAGGAAAAGGAACUGAUCAUUAAGGAAAUUGAAAGAGUAUCUCGCUUGCCAGUACUUGAAAGCUAG